AUGCCGAGAUGUGGGUCCUCCGCGGACCCGUCGUCGGCCCCUGUGGCGUCGAGAGCGGUGCAGUCGGUGGCCACGUCGAUCGCGACAUCGACGAAGCGGUUGCGAGAUCAGGCGCAGUCGAGAAGUAGUAGUAGUAGUUCUUCGCUUGCGAGCAUGUGGCGGGACGUCCAGGGUUCGAACAACUGGCGCGACCUCGUCAAGCCGCUGAAUUCGAUACUACGGGACGAGAUCGUCCGGUACGGGGAGUUCGUCUCCGCGUGCUACAAGGCCUUCGACCUCGACUCGGCCUCGAAGCGGUACCUGAAUUGCAAGUACGGCAAGCGGAGCAUGUUCGAGGACGUCGGCAUCGGGAAUUGCGGAUACGAGGUGACGAAAUACAUAUACGCGGCGCCAGGGACCGAGACCCCCCGGUGGAUCGGGUACGUCGCAGUGGCGUCAGACGAGGACGAGGUGCGGCGGCUCGGGCGGCGGGACGUGCUCGUGACGUUCCGCGGGACGGUGACGCGCGCGGAGUGGGCUGCGAACCUCAUGAGCGCCCUCGCCCCCGCGCGACUCGACCCGCACGACCCCCGCCCCGACGUCAAGGUCGAGUCGGGCUUCCUCAGCCUCUACACCUCUGACGAAAGCGCUUCUCGGUUCAGCCAAGGGAGCUGCAGGGAGCAGCUCCUCGGCGAGCUCUCGCGGAUCAUCACCAAGCACAGAGACGAGGAGCUGAGCAUCACGCUAGCAGGGCACAGCAUGGGGAGCUCCCUAGCGCUCCUCUUCGGUUACGACAUCGCGGAGCUCGGGCUCAACCGGUCGGGGCGAAAAAGUGCGAUACCGACCACGGUGUACUCGUUCGCGGGGCCGCGCGUCGGGAACUUAGGGUUCAAGGAGAGGUGUGAGAGGCUUGGUGUUAAGGUGCUAAGAAUAGUGAACAUCCAUGAUCCAGUAACAAAGUUACCUGGGGUGUUCCUCAAUGAGAAUUUUAGGGUUUUGGGGGGGCCAUGGAGUUGCUCAUGCUAUGCACAUGUGGGGAUUGAGUUAGCCCUAGAUUUCUUCAAGGUGAGGAACCCAGCUUGUGUUCAUGAUUUGGAGACCUAUAUAAGACUACUAAAAUGCCCUAAGUUGGGGAAAAUUGAGAAGAAUCAUGGAGAUCAAUUUGGUAAUUGGGGUUUAAAUUUUAUUCACAAGGCCAAGGAGUUGAUGAGGAGGGAGAAUUUUGAUGCAUGGGCAUGGCAAGAUGCGGCUAGGCAAGUUGGUAAUUUGGUGCAAUCUCUUGGGUUUUGA